AUGGCGGGUGGCAGUCCUCUCGGCUCCUUUCUAGGACGCAUGGACUGGCUUCAUGUCUAUAUCGCCUGUGCUGCAUUUGCUGUCUGCGCAUUCGUCGCAUUGACUCUGCUUGCAUCACGGCAAACCCACAAGAUCGACUACGACAGCGGCGUCUUCACAUACUUGAAAUUCAUCUACGCAAGCUUUCUCAAACCCCAUGAGAAGAGCGGGAAUGGUCAGCAGGAUGCUUUGGAGAGCUUCUACAAGACCCAAGCUAGUGUGUACGAUGCCACUCGCAAGCGUCUCCUCCGUGGCCGCGAGGACAUGCUGGGCUUGGUCGCUGCGCAGCUGAAACACAAGGUGGACAGCCAGGAGCUGAAAGCUGGGAAAGCAAUCUGGGUGGAUGUGAACCCUAACUGCGCCGUUAGUUACAACAUCGAAGCGAUGUCUGCUUUCCUCUCCGUGCCGGACUUCUUCGCCCACGUCUACCUGGUCGAUCUUUCUCCCUCCCUCUGUGAGGUUGCCCGUCAGCGAUUCGAGAGGCUGGGCUGGAAGAAUGUCAGCGUCGUCUGUCAGGAUGCGCGGGCCUUCCGGUUGCCCGAGGAGGACAAGGUAGAUCCGAAAUGCAAGACCGCCCCGGCCACUACAGGCGCCGAUCUGGCCACUAUGAGCUACAGUCUAUCCAUGAUUCCAGACUACUACAGCGUCAUCGACUCGCUGCCUGCGCUCAUCAAGACCUCUGGUGUUGUGGGAGUUUGUGAUUUUUAUGUGCAGAGUAUUGUGGACGUCUCCUCCCGGAACUACAUCGGCGGCGCCUUCAAUCGUCAUGUCAAUUGGCUUGGAAGAGCCUUCUGGCGUGCCUGGUUCGACGCUGACCGUGUCAGUCUCGAGGCUGCUCGUCGAGACUACCUUGAAUACCGCUUCGGGACCGUGAUCUCGGCCAGUGAGAGAAAUUACCUUCUGGGUGGCAUCCCAUACUACAUCUUCGUGGGUUGCCAGAAGGACUCUACCACACACUCUGGUCGCGAUGCUAUCGAAAAGCUCAACGCUUCGUUCACAGAGUCUCCCUACCUCUCGCCGGCUGAGCACCGGAGUGAGAUGGAUGCGGCCGUCGUGAGCAGCACGCAAGAAAUUAAGUCCAAAGCGUACGAAUCUGCUGUGAUCAAUCUCGGCUCCAACCUGCCCCUGCCCUCAUCCUUCUACCAAAACCACCACUACCGCAUCUUCUACAACGACCUCCUGCCCAAGCACACCCAGUUCGGCAACGAGUACAUCUACGCCUUCAACUGGGAAGACCCGCGUGUCGACCACAAACUGCUCAACAUCCAGCGUGACGACGUCAUCCUAGCCAUCACCAGUGCCGGUGACAACAUCCUGGACUACCUCCAGAAGAGCCCCCGUCGGGUCCAUGCGGUAGACCUGAAUCCCAACCAGAACCACCUCCUCGAGCUCAAGGUAGCCAGCUUCAUUGCCCUGGGCCACCGCGACGUAUGGAAGAUCUUCGGCGAAGGCAAACACCCCGAGUUCCGCCGACUCCUGCUCACCAAACUGAGCCCUCACCUCUCGAGCCAAGCCUUCCAAUACUGGCUCGAGCACACCCACGUCUUCACCUCAUCCUCCGGCAAAGGCCUGUACGAGACCGGCGGCUCCCGCCACGCGAUCAAGAUGGUCCGGUACCUGUUCAAGGUCUUCGGCCUACAAUCCAAGGUCCAAGCGCUCUGCGAAGCCCAGACGCUCGCGGAGCAGCGCAAGGUCUGGCCGGCGAUCCGCGCGGUGCUCAUGAGCAAGCCGCUGCACUGGGCGGUGGUCAGCACGGAAUGGUUCGCCUGGAAGGCGGCGGGCGUGCCGCGCAACCAGCGCAACAUGAUCAUCGACGACUUCUACAAGCGCAACGGGCUGAACAAGGAGAUGAAGCAGGCCAACGACGUCAGUGGCCAGUCGAUCUGGGAAUACGUCGUCGACACGCUGGACCCCGUCAUCAACGACACCCUCAUCAGCAACGACAACUACUUCUACUUCCUCUGUCUGCAGGGCCAAUUCUCGCGCAGAUGCCACCCAGCCUACCUCUCCCCCAAAUCGCACGUCAAGCUCUCCUCCCCAGGCGCCUUCGACGGCCUCCGCAUCCACACCGACGAAAUCAACGAAGUCAUCAAACGCCUCACACCUAAGAGUCUCACCAUCGCAGUAAUAAUGGACUCAAUGGACUGGUUCGACCCCAACAGCGACGCCGCCACCACACAAGCCCAGAAACUCAACCACGCACUCAAAAAGGGCGGCCGGAUCCUCCUCCGCUCCGCCAGCAUCGACCCCUGGUAUAUCCGGCAUUUCGAGGCGAGUGGAUUCACCGCGCGACGGGUCGGUGCUAGGCUCCCGGGGACGUGUAUUGAUCGGGUGAAUAUGUACGCGUCUACGUGGAUCUGUACGAAGAGUCGGGAUCUAGAUGUCGAUCUCGGUCGGCCGGCGCCGAGUCGGGCGAUGUCGGCUUUGUCGUUGAAUGAAUGA